UCAUCUGACAACGGCGAUAAAGCAGCAGACACAAAGGAGGAAGGUUAUUCAGUGUGUCAGGCGAAGCGAGCUCUCUGCUCAUUCCACCGCGCCUGAGGCCGGACAGACAGACACAUCCUUGGUGAACACAUCCAGUGGGUGUCCCCAGAAUGCUGUGGUGGAGCCUGUUGGUCAUGGUGCUGUGCAGGGAGGCCGCGGCCUACCCUCACACUGACCCCAACCUGGACAUGCACUGGGAGCUCUGGAAGAAGACCCACUCCAAGAGCUACAGAACGCAGGUGGCCGAGGCGGAGAAGAGAGCCGUCUGGGAGAAGAACCUCCGGCUGAUCUCCCUGCACAACCUGGAGGCGUCCCUGGGCAUGCACUCGUACGAGCUGGGCAUGAACCACCUGGGUGAUAUGACCACCGAAGAGGUGCUGGCCACCCUGGCGGGCACGCGGGUGCCCCCGGACUUCAAGAGAGGCCCGACCACCUUCGUGAGAUCUUCCGGCUCCCCCCUGCCCGACUCCAUCGACUGGAGGGACAAGGGCUGCGUCACCGAUGUGAAGCAGCAGGGCGCGUGCGGGUCCUGCUGGGCGUUCAGCGCCGUGGGGGCCCUGGAGGGCCAGCUGAAGCUCAAGACGGGCAGCCUGGUGUCCCUGAGCCCACAGAACCUGGUGGACUGCUCUGCCAAGUUUGGGAAUAAGGGCUGCAAUGGUGGCCUGAUGCACCAUGCCUUCGAGUACGUCAUCCAGAACCAGGGCAUCGACUCCGAUGCCUCGUACCCCUACACCGGCCAGGACAGCACCUGCAAGUACAGCGUGACCAGCCGUGCCGCCAACUGCACCAGCUACAGCUUUCUGCCCGAGGGGGACGAAGGGGCCCUCAAAGAGGCCCUGGCCACUGUGGGGCCCGUGUCCGUGGCCAUCGACGCCACCCGCCCCCAGUUCCUCUUCUACCGCAGCGGCGUCUAUAACGAUCCCUCCUGCACUCAGAAGGUGAACCACGGCGUGCUGGCCGUGGGGUACGGCACUCUGGACGGGCAGGACUACUGGCUGGUGAAAAACAGCUGGGGCACGACUUUCGGUGACCAGGGCUACAUUCGGAUGUCCCGCAACAAGAACGACCAGUGCGGCAUCGCUCUGUACGCGUGCUACCCGAUCAUGUGACCCCCGGCGCCCCGGAUGACAGAGCUGAGAGCUCGCGUGCUGGGCGGCGCACGACGCUGGAUGACCUUGGAUCUACACGGGGUUUUAUUUUUUGGGAGGGUGUUUUACACUUACGGUAUCCUGAGUCUGCGUGUUUUUACCCCUUCUCUAACUGUAUAUUUUUGUACACAUCACAUACGAUCCUGUGCCGGCUAAGUGCAGGCUGGAGUGACGGUGUUUAUACAUUGUUACGCGGACAAUGCACGUUUCUGACCAAUCUCCCUUUCGUUACUUUUCGAAACAAACGUUGUAGACUGUUUUGGUAUGGUGGUUGUUUUUCUAAGACCUGCAUUUAAGGUUCAUAUUCUUUCUGUGUUUAUGCCUUUUUUCAUGAAACAGAAAUGAAGAAGUUAGUUUACACUGUGGGAGCUUCUCGCCCGGUUCCUGUCUAAUUCUAAUCAGGGUGAUGCGUCUUAAUAAACAGUGCAAUGUGCCUUUUAAGA